AUGAGCGUCAGAGCCGUCGCAGAACAAACAGCGGAAAUUCUCCUCAUCACCCUCCUUGUCAUCGGCUUGUGGUUCUUCUGGGGAGUGUCCCUGAUCUGCAACGGCCUCUGGUAUGCGCUUCAUCCGACAGAGGUCGUGAAGAGGAUCCGUACGAAUGGCGGUCGUCCCCCAGUCGCUCUUUCACGCUCUCGCCGCUCUCUGAGCCUUCCUCUGCGGCCGCAGCAGGAGAAUGUUCAGAACAGAUCUCACGACCAGGUCCAGUCCUUAUUUUUCACGAGGCUGGUCCCUGAAAUCCGCUGCAUGAUAUAUCGAGAGAUUCUCGUAGCUUCAAAUGCGGUUCAUAUCCGGCGGACCCAUCGGAGACUGUGCAGCAUGCCGUGCAGGAAUCUAGAUCGACAGGGGGAUACGCAAAGUGAUACUCACAGGUCCUGUGUGCACCCUUUAGCCGACGAUGGCACGGUGCUGAGGCGAUUGCCCGGCGAGGAACCCCAUCAGGACCAGAUACUGCCGCUGCUUUGCAGCUGUCGCAGAGUAUACACAGAGGCGAUUGGUCUCCUCUACAAAGCUAAUAGAUUCCACUUCGACAACCCGCUUACGGUUCAGGCAUUACCACUGUGUAUGGUCUCUCGUCGACUCGCAUCAAUACGAUAUAUACGGCUUGAUAUCCGCGCUUUUGAAAACCGGUCCAUCGUCGCCGAGGUUAUCUCCUCCUGGGAGCAGGCGUGCGCUGUCCUUGCAGGUAUCAAUGCGCUGGAGGAACUGGUCGUCACCUUGCGCUCACUCGACAAGGGGACAUUCUAUGAGCCCCUUCCUCUAUGGACUCUCCUGGAGCCUUUGACAAAGAUCACUGCCUCUAGAUCCGGCGGAGGCGUCUGCUCAAUCAACUACCUCGUCAACGAGGACGAUAUCAAACUCGACGAUCCCUCGGGUGUGCUCAAGGUCUACAACGAUCCCAGAUCUCUCUCGGGGAAUGUUGCGCGCGUACAACUGGCCCUUCCUCCGAUUAUGACCAAGACUGCCAAAGUCCCUGGGAAGGCGUUUCUCAAGGCAGCGCUGUUUGGGGAGGUUUCGCCUCCGGGUAGAGUUGUGUUUAACGAGCAGCAGCCAGGGUGGUUGAAGAUUUAUGAUCAGGAUGGGAAGCUAACACAAUAA